AUCCGCUCAGUACUGCGACGGUUCUCAGGCGAUCAAGAUCGGCGGACUAUAUAUAUUACAUAUAUAGAGGCGGCGCUAGAUAGUAACGGGGAGAUAGACAAGAGACCUCAGAGGGCCAGAAAGUAACGGCACCCGCGACGAGACACGACCACGACACUCGUGGAAGAGACACCACUCACCACUCCGUCGAUAAGAUUAACUAGGGCCCAAAGAAUACUUAAUUAAGGCUAACGAAGAGCCAACAAGCCAACAGCAACAGGUCUUAGACUUAGAUAAUAGCCCAACUCGAGUGCCCCAGUGAUUUGUGACCAUUAUUGGUCGGUUAAGAACCCCUGCCAGACAUUCAUAUAUGUGCAAAGAGUGAACGGCAAUUCAAAAGGGUGUAAGCAAGGAUGUACAUGGCCAACACCACCGGCGGCCUGAUGCUGCAGACCAUGUUGUACCUGGCGAAUCACACCAGCAGGGCGGCGGUCAACACCCUCGUGGAUCUGCCACCAGCCCCCAAGAGCGAUAUCAACGAGGUGAAGUGCUUCGGCGUCUACGGCUGCUUCCCCUUGAACGGACCCUGGAACACGGUGACCCGCUCGAUCAACGUCCAUCCGCAGAAGCCCUCGGAGAUUGAGCCUCACUUCACGCUGCACACGCGCCGGCAACUGGACCAGCCCAAGUAUUUGGAUCUCAACGAUCCGGACAGUGUCCAGGGCAUGGGCAUCGAUCCGCGGGGAAAGAUCUUUCUGCUGGUCCACGGCUACCUGGAGUCGGGCGAGAUACCCUGGAUGUCGGACAUGGCCAAGGCCCUGCUGGCCUACGAGCCGGAGGGCAGUGCCUGUGCCGUGCUCAUUGAUUGGGGCGGCGGCGCAAGUCCGCCGUAUGUCCAGGCGGUGGCUAAUAUCCGGCUGGUGGGCGCCAUAACGGCGCAUGUGGUCCACAUGCUGUACGAGGAGCUGCGACUGCCCAAUCUGGACAAUGUUCACAUCAUUGGCCACUCCCUCGGCGCCCAUUUGUCCGGCUAUGCGGGCUAUCACCUGCAGCGGGACUUUGGCUUGAAGGCGGCCAGGAUAACGGGCCUGGAUCCGGCAGCGCCGCUCUUCACCGACACCGAUCCCAUUGUGCGGCUGGACAAGACGGACGCCCACUUUGUGGAUGUGGUGCACACCGAUGCCAAUCCGCUGAUGAAGGGCGGACUGGGCAUCAAUAUGCGGCUGGGACAUGUCGACUUCUUUCCCAAUGGAGGUUUCGAUAAUCCCGGCUGCAACAAGAAGUUCCAGGACGUGGUGAAGAAGAAGACCCUCUUCCUGACCAUGCAGGAGUUCCUGGGCUGCAAUCACAUCCGGAGCCAGCAGUAUUUCACGGAGAGCAUUGGCUCCCAGUGCCCGUUUUUGGGCAUCACCUGUGAUUCCUUUGAGAGCUUUAAGGACACCAAAUGCACCAGCUGCGAGGAGCCGGGUCACACCUGCCUGCGCAUGGGCUACCACAGUCAGGAGGACUACCAGGAGCAGGUGGAUCUCGGCCAGUUGCGUCAGGGCGAUUCGCCGGGCGUCUUUUAUCUGACAACCGGCGACCGGGCUCCCUUCUGCCGGCUGCACUACAGGAUCACUGUACGUGUGUCCGGCCACGAUGAGAGCACCCUGCACGGCGGCGAGGUGGGCAUCCUCUCCGUCCAGCUGCAUGGGAAGAAGAGCGGCAAGCGCACGGAUGCCGCCUCGUCCACGGAACUGAUGCGAUUCUCGCCGAAGGCCAUGUACUUUGAGCCUGGCUACGAGUACAACGCUCUGGUGGCGGGUCGGGAUGUGCGGGAGCCGGAGUAUGCCACCGUGAACUGGGAGUAUCCCACAAGCAUCCUGAAUCCGCUCACCUGGCGCAUCCUGUCCUCGCCGAGGAUCUACCUGGAGUACGUGCUGGUCGAGGCGAUGGAGUCCAGUGAGCUCUACCUGAAGCUCUGUCCGCAGCACGAGGGCGCCAUUUUGGCGGGCGCCGAGAAUGUCCUGCGCUCCAGCUACUGCAGGGAUUAGAUUUCAUCUAGCUUUCGUUUUUUUUUUUUCUAAAUUGAAUUAUCUAAUUACCAGUUGCCCCUAAUUAUCUACUUUGACUAUUUGAGUUACGAGUUAGAGUUACGUAGCUACGUAGCGUAGCUAUUUAAUCGCUAGCUAGGUGUUCGUAGUAAGUAGCAAUCCAUGACAUAAGUUUAAGUUUCUUUUUUUUGUAAUUACCGCCAAGGGCAAGCAGUUUAAAGCAGUUUGGCUUGUGCCACAGUUUAUGGUUCUUCCUUCUUGCUAUAAAAGCGCUCCCUUCAACUGUUCCCAAAUUCGGUCAUGUGUUUAUAGCAGGAACAGUUUGUAUUUUAUUUAUAGUAUUGUUAUUCAUGCAUCCCCAACACCGUUAUUUAUUUUUGUUAUUUAAUUUUUUUUCAAGCAUCUAAAGUGUAUUUGUAGUUUGUAGUUCAAUUUAUGCAGCCCUAUUUAAUGUAAAUAAAAAUACAUAAACGAAAAUAAAUAAUAAAACAAACAUCUCUCUCUAAAACAAAUAUCUCUCUUAUUAAGUAAAAUGAUAUAUGUGAGAUUAAGCGUUAUAUUUUUAAUGUUACUUUUUUCAAUUUUAUAAACUUUA